AUGGCUGGACGGGGCGGGAGCCCUGCCCUGGAACCUGAGCCCCAGGAGAAGGUGCCGGGAAACCUGCUGGAGCGCCUGAUGCUGUGGCUGCUGGUCCUGACUCUCCCCUGUCUGGGGGGCUCCGUACCUGUGACCUCAGGGACUGAGCUGGUGGGCAUCGUGGGGGGGCAUGAUGCUUCCAAUGGGAAGUGGCUGUGGCAGGUGGGCCUGUGGGUCUUUGAUCCAACAAAGAACCAGUGGGGUCUCAUUUGCGGGGGCUCCCUCAUCCACCCCCAGUGGGUGCUGACCGCUGCCCACUGCAUUCCAGGGAGAAACCCCAUGCCUCAGCACUUCAAGGUCCAACUAGGACGAGUGAGACCCUCAUUCAUUGGCAGUGUGCGGGUGGCUAGGAUCAUCCGCCACCCGGAGUACAGUCUUAAAGAGGGAGCAGUAGGUGGGGCGGACGUGGCACUUCUCAAACUGGAGGCCUCCGUGCGACCAUCUAAACUUGUCAGGUGGAUUAGCCUUGCACCAAAGUCCCCCGCAUUCCCCCCAGGCACCCGGUGCUGGGUGACUGGCUGGGGCAACAUUGGUCCUGAAGAGCCGCUGCCGCCGCCCCACAAGCUGCAGGAGGUGGAGGUCCCCAUCGUGGCGGAUGAGAUCUGUAGGCAGCGAUAUGGCAAGAUUAUCACGGACGACAUGCUGUGUGCGGGGAGCCGGGGCCGGGACUCCUGCCAGGGUGACUCUGGGGGCCCCCUGGUCUGUAAAUGGAAGAACAUCUGGUUUCAGGUAGGGGUGGUGAGUUGGGGGAACAAGUGCGGUCUUAACAGCUUUCCUGGAGUCUAUGCCCGAGUGACAUCCUUCUUGUUUUGGAUCCACGGUCAUAUUCACUCCUCUCACUGAGCCCGGGGCCGGGCCGGGAUGCUGCCCAUGAGAUGAAGACAGGCUCUCCCAGGUGUCUGAGGACCCGCACUGCUCCUCCCCAAUGCCAGCUCUUCACUGCACCUAGCGCCCUCCCCCUCCUCCCCCAGCUCCUCCCUCCUCUGCCACCUCCAUCAGUCUGUCUCCCCCUGACAGGCAAA